UUUUCCGCUCUUGCUUCGGCGCCACUCGGCUCCCUUCCCGCCCCUUGCUCCCUCCUUCCCUCCCUCUCCUCCCUCCCUCCCUCUCCUCCCUCCCUACUGUCCUGGGACUGCCUGGAGCGCCGCACCGCGAGUUUGCCGCAGCACUUUCCGCGCGGCGGAAGAGCGUGCGCCAGCUUCGGCACACCUGGGUGCCCGAUCCCAGCCACACGCCUCGUCCCCUACAAGCUCCUCCGAGCCCCACCAGCUGCUGGGGGAGCGGCGGCCGUCCCGCUCCUGGAGGUUGUCCCCUGGCAUCCUCGGGGCCGCAGGAAGGAAAAGGAGGCAGCGGCCGGAGCCCUGGUGGGCGGCCUGAGGUGAGAGCCCGGCCAGCCCCUCUGGGAAUAUGGCGACCGGUGGCUACCGGACCAGCAGCGGCCUUGGCGGCAGCACCACAGACUUCCUGGAGGAGUGGAAGGCUAAACGCGAGAAGAUGCGCGCCAAGCAGAACCCCCCGGGCCCGGCCGCCCCGGGAGGGGGCAGCAGCGACGCCGCUGGGAAGUCCCCCGCGGGGGCUCUGGGCACCUCGGCGGCCGCCGCUGCCAACGAGCUCAACAACAAUCUCCCGGGCGGCGCGCCGCCCGCACCUGCCGUCCCCGGCCCCGGGGGCGUGAACUGCGCGGUAAGCUCCGCCAUGCUGACCCGGGCGGCCCCCGGCCCGCGGCGGUCGGAGGACGAGCCCCCAGCCGCCUCAGCCUCGGCUGCACCGCCUCCCCGGCGUGACGAGGAGGAGCAGGACGGCGUCCCGGAGAAGGGCAAGAGCUCGGGCCCCAGUGCCAGGAAAGGUAAGGGGCAGAUCGAGAAGAGGAAACUGCGGGAGAAGCGGCGCUCCACCGGCGUGGUCAACAUCCCUGCUGCAGAGUGCUUAGAUGAGUAUGAAGAUGAUGAAGCAGGGCAGAAAGAGCGGAAACGAGAAGAUGCAAUUACACAACAGAACACUAUGCAGAAUGAAGCUGUAAACUUACUAGAUCCAGGCAGUUCCUAUCUGCUACAGGAGCCACCUAGAACAGUAUCAGGCAGAUAUAAAAGCACAACCAGUGUCUCUGAAGAAGAUGUCUCAAGUAGAUAUUCUCGAACAGAUAGAAGUGGGUUCCCUAGAUACAACAGGGAUGCAAAUGUUUCAGGUAAUCUGGUUUCAAGUAGCACACUGGAAAAGAAAAUUGAAGAUCUUGAAAAGGAAGUAGUACGAGAAAGACAAGAAAACCUAAGACUUGUGAGACUGAUGCAAGAUAAAGAGGAAAUGAUUGGAAAACUCAAAGAAGAAAUUGAUUUAUUAAAUAGAGACCUAGAUGACAUAGAAGAUGAAAAUGAACAGCUAAAGCAGGAAAAUAAAACUCUUUUGAAAGUUGUUGGUCAGCUGACCAGGUAGAAGAUUCAAGACUCAAUGUGGAAAAAAUAUUUUAAACUACUGAUUGAAUGUUAUGGUCAAUGCUAGCACAAUAUUCCUAUGCUGCAAUACAUGAAAAUAACUAAGCAUGUAUAUUUAUUUCUAGAAAAUGGAUGUUUGUUUUCAAAAUACUUCUUUUUCAUUAUUGGUUUUAAAAAAAGCAUCAACCUUUUAUCUCACAAAUAAGUAAUAUCUUUCAGUUAUUAAAUGAUAGGUAAUGCCUUUUUGGUUUUGUGUGGUAUUCAACUAAUAGAUGGUUUAAAGUCACAGCUGUUUGAAUAUAUUUUAUCUUUGGUAGUACAUUUUCUCCCUUAGGAAUAUACAUAGUCUUUGUUUACAUGAGUUUAAAUACUUUUGGGAUAUUACCUACACAUGCCUUAUUACUGAUGUGUGCAACCUUUUAUGUGUUGAUGACUCACUCAUAAAGGUUUUUGUCUACUGUCAUUUCUUUCCACUUAUUCUAAGCAUUUAGAGUAAUAGAGUCAUACUUUUGUAUAACAGCAACCUUUUAAAAGGAAAGCUCUUAUAAAGUCACUGUCAUGUUCUAGUCGAUUAAAUAUAAAUUUAAGAGAAUACUUGAAUUGCGCUAUAGUAAAUAAAAAUUUACUAUUUUGUGUUUGAAUAUUGAAAAAUUGAAUCACUUUAACUCCUGAAAAACAUACAAUUGUAAUUUUAAUGUAAAAUUUCUUAUGUAGGUACUACCUUUUUUUUAUUGUUCUAAGGUUUGCAAGUGAACAUAGGAUAUUUUAAAAGUUGUUUGUUCUUCAGGCCUGGAAAGUGUACAAAGUCAGUGUAGGAGAAAAAAAUCCAUAUUUUUAUUAUAUUAGCAUGCACACUAAAAUAAAAACCAAAAUGUUAUUCAUACUUAAAACAUUUAUACAAAACAAUAUGUAAGCAGAAAUAGUACUAAAAUACUUUGCCUGAUUUCUAAGUUGAAGAAUAACACUGUGACACAGUUUUUUUCAUAUGAGAGAAUAUUCCCCUAUUUCAAUUUUAAGGGAUUUUCUUCCUAGCUUUGAAAUUUUAAAAACAGAAUUACUUCUAAAGAAUUAUACAAAUUUUCUCUUGUAUUAAAUAUUAUUAUUAGAAUUGUUUUUGUAUUACAUUUUCAUGUUAAGAACCCCCUUCCCUUAACAUACAUUGACAUUAU